CUGAAGACGUCCUGUAGGGGAUGAGUAUAAUAAAAAUUCGUCACUUCAAAUUACGAAGCACAUUUAACAACUAAAACAAUCGAUUUCUUCAGACAUUCAGUUCACACCAUGGGCUCCCCAGCGGCUGCAUCCCGGUUUCUCCGGCUCUCUGCGCUCUCCACCCGGAUACUGCCGGCGGCCCGACCCGGAGCCUCCGCUGCCGUCUCGGCCAGAAGAAACCUCAACGCCCAGGCAGCGACCGAGGCGGGCAGGCUGAAGACCAUCGAUGACCUGCCCGGACCCAGCAUGUCCACCACCCUGUACUGGUUAUUUGUUAAAGGAUACGCAGAUAAGAGCCACUUACUGCAGGGUCUACAGAAGAGUCUGUACGGGCCCAUCUGGCGCUCCAGGUUUGGCCCAUUCGACCUGGUCAAUGUGGCGACUCCGGAGCUCAUCGCUCAGGUGAUCCAACAGGAGGGUCGCUACCCGGUCCGGGCCGAGCUGCUGCACUGGAAGGAGUACAGGGAGCUGAGAGGACAGGCCUACGGUCUGCAUGUGGACUCAGGACCAGAGUGGUCCCGGAUCCGCAGCGUCCUGAACCCCAAGAUGCUGAAGCUGAGGGAGGUGGCGGCUUUCGCUCCCAUCGUCCACCGGGUGGUCGGAGAUCUGCUGCAGCGUGUCGAGCUCCUGCGCAGCCGGAGUCAGGACGGAGCCACGGUUCCAGACCUGGCGGCCGAGCUCUACAAGUUUGGCUUUGAGGGUGUUUCCUCAAUCCUGUUUGAGACCAGGCUGGGCUGCCUGGAGGAUGAGAUUCCCCAGGACACAAAGCGCUUUAUCGCUGCUGUCAACAACAUGCUGACUUUGUCUGACAUGGUGGUCCUCUUCCCACGCUGGAGUCGCAGCAUCCUCCCCUUCUGGAAGCGCUUUGUUCAGGCUUGGGAUGACCUCUAUGACGUAGCUCAGACCCUCAUCGACAGGAGGAUGGCUGAAAUCGAAGCUCAGGUGUGCAGCGGUGAACCGGUGGAGGGCAUGUACCUGACCUACCUGCUGUCGUCUGACAAGCUGACGCGAGCCGAGGUCUACAUCAGCGUCACAGAGCUGCUGCUCGGAGGAGUCGACACGACGUCCAACACCUUGUCAUGGACGUUGUACCAUUUAGCGAGAGACGACCGGGCCCAGGAUCGACUGUACAGGGAGGUGAACUCCGUGUGUCCAGACAGACGGGAGCCGACCACAGACGACCUGAGCAGGAUGCCGUACCUGAAGGCCGUCAUAAAGGAGACGUUACGCCUUUAUCCUGUGGUGCCUGGAAAUGGACGCUUUGUCUCAGAGAAUGAGGUGAUUGUGGACAAUUACUGGUUCCCAAAGAAGACUCAGUUCCACCUGUGUCAUUACGCAGUCUGUCACGACGAGGCGGAGUUUGUUGACGCUGAGAGCUUCGUACCGGAUCGCUGGCUCCGCCCGGAGGCACCGGGCAGCGGCUGCAGCAGGGCGGCGACCAGCUACUACCAGCACCACCCGUACAGCUUCAUCCCGUUCGGCGUCGGGGUGCGAGCCUGCGUGGGGAAGAGGGUGGCAGAGAUGGAGAUGUAUUUCGCUCUGUCCAGGCUGAUCCAGCACUACAGGGUCCAGCCUGAAGUCAGCGCCCCGACCGUGGAGCCUAAAACUCGGAUCCUGCUGAUCCCAUCGAAGCCCAUCAACCUGCGCUUCCUGCCCAGAGCCUGAUGAAGGCAGCACAGGUGUCUGCAGGUUACACAACAUGAUGUUAGAGUUCAGUUAAAGAGCUGGAGGGAUCAAAUUACAAACAUAUAUUCAAGUACAAAUGACAAAUUUAAUACAAAUUAAAGGGAAAAUCUGGCAUUUUUCAUUGUUCUUACAAGAGCCUGCAUUUCCCAGACUUCUACAGCGGCAGUUAUUAGUAGACAUUUUAUCGCUAUUAAUAGGCAGAAUGGACAAAAUCAUGAGAGUAACUGUCCUGAUUAACACACAGGCAUUUCCCUUUAAGUACAGGAUAUUUAGCAGGUGAUAAUUUGCAGUUUUUUGGGCACAAAUUGACAUAAAUAACUGGCAACACUAGUAAUGAACUGAAUCCCAUGAUAUUGAGAGAAAAAUACUGUCACAGCUGGAGGUCAUUUAAUGUUGUCUUUGUGCCAAGACAAAGUCUCUGAGACUCUUGGUUUGAGAUUCUACAGAGUCAUUAAAUCUCCAUCUUGGCUCUGCCUCCUCACAAACACUCACAUUCUUUCUCAGCCUUUCACUGGAUUGUUUAGAUCUUGCAGUCACUGCAGAUGUGGCUGAAAGCUUUCUGACUCAACAGAGUCAUGUGAUAACAUGAAUCUGUUUUAUUUGAGAGGGAAGUUUGAGCAGGUUGAGGCGACAGCUGGGGUAGGAGCUGCUGGGUGAACACUGCCCCCUGCUGACGCUGAGGUGGAAACGCAGCCUUUGAUAAUAUUGUACCAGUUCAAGCUUUACUAACUAAUUUUAUGCUUUAAUCACCUGUUGAAUUAUUGUUUUAUUCACCAUCUCUAAGCUCCACAAUCAACACAAGGUCUGUUUCACUUUGAACAUAAAAACUAAAGAGGAACCUACACUCAUCCUGUUUUUGUUUUUAACCAACAGGUAAACUACAAACGUCAGGCUUUUAUUUGCACAAGAUUUUAACUUCACGGUUUUUCCUCUGUAAGUUAAAGUACAGAAAAUAUAAGAAAAGAGUCAAAUAAUCUCUGUAGCUUUGCUGUAGUAUUUCUUUAUUGUAACAAACUGUGACUGGUAUUUGUACAAAAUAUUUCAUUACUCCUGCAGAUGAGGGUAUUUUAUUUUAUAUAUAUGUAACACAGCUCUUACUGUUUUUAAACUGUUUUCAUGCUGUUGCACAAAUAUAAUAAUAUAUGUUUUUAAUGUCUUAUUGUAGCCUCAUCAUUACAUAAAGACAGUGUCCCAGUGUGGAAAUAAAAUGUAGUUUUAUUAUUUAAAGGGUCACUAAACAUGUCACUUCUGUUUUCUACCUAAAUGUUCAUGCAGUUUUUAGACAUUCAUGAUGAAGCAGACUGUAAACAGGUCAGUUGUCACACGCUGAAGACUGUCGCCCUCCUUCAUUUUUACUUUGAUUACUAUGAUAAACUUCUUUAUUUGUUACGUGAGCUGCAGUAAGUGUUCGUAUGCAAUAAUAACAUUCAGCAAAAUAACUGGAAACACUAUGCACUUGUCAAUAAAGUUGUAUUUGUAUUGACAAACACACAUGUAAAUCUGGGGAAUGUAGGAAAGACUCCUUGAGCUGAGAUACAGGAAAAGGAAGGAAGUCUGACUACAGCACAACAUGGAAAAAAACAGACAAGUUAGACGCAACAAUUCAAAUACAAACCCCGCACUACCGGCUGUUUUAUUUUGAAGGUUUCAUAACUCCAACUUCCGGUUGUCCUAGUUCUGUUUAGCUUGACUCCUCUCGUCCUCUGCAUGGAGACGUCGUGCUGCAAAAAAUGUUGCGUUCAAGUGACUUUAUUUUCCCUCUGCACAGGUACAGAGCACAACCAGUCACAGUGACAUGAAUUCUGUGUUUAACACUGAUUCUAAUGACUUUAUACUGUAUUUGAUCUGUAACGUGUGGAGAGUAACUAAGUACAUUUACUCAAGAACUAUGUUUUUUACUUGAGUAUUUCCAUGUUAUGAUACUUUAUACUUAAACUCUACUACAGGGAGAUAUUGCACUUUUCCACUACAUUUGACAUUAUUUUAUUUUUUUAAAUUAGAUGCAUCACAUUGUUAAAGAUGGAACCAGUGGUUCUUGAAUCUUUUUUAGCUUCUUAGACAAAAAAAUAUUAAUAAUUAAUUUUAAAAAUCAGCGUCUAGUUGGGGCUGUGUCCCACGUUUCACACCUGACAAGAGAUUUUACCUGUAAAGAAGGAAAAUGUGCAGAUAUUAGAGAAAAGUAUAAA